AUGCCCGCCCCACGGCGCCUCCUGCCUUUGCUCCUGGUUGUGGGACUGACCGCGGGGGCCAGCCUGCUUCCAGGGCCCGAGAGCCGCCCAGGCGUGUGCCCCAACCAGCUCAGCCCCCACCUGUGGGUGGACGCCCAGAGCACCUGCGAGAGGGAGUGCGUCCAGGAUGAGGACUGUGCGGCGGGGGAGAAGUGCUGCACCAACGUGUGCGGGCUGCGCAGCUGCGUGGCCGCCCGCUUUCCCCGCGACGGCGCAGCCGCCCCAGCGGUGGCCUCCUGCGAGGGCUUUGCCUGCCCCCAGCAGGGCUCCGACUGCGACAUCUGGGACGGGCAGCCCGUGUGCCGCUGCCGCGACCGCUGCGAGAAGGAGCCCAGCUUCACCUGCGCCUCGGACGGCCUCACCUACUACAACCGCUGCUACAUGGACGCCGAGGCCUGCCUGCGGGGGCUGCCCCUGCGCGUCGUGCCCUGCAGACACGUCCUUAGCUGGCCGCCCGGCAGCCCGGGGCUGCCCGAGCCCACCGCCCACCCCACGCCCGGCGCCGCCCCCGUGCCGCCGGCCCUGUACAGCACCCCCUUCCCGCAGGCGGUGCAGGUGGGGGGCACCGCCAGCCUGCACUGCGACGUCAGCGGCCGCCCGCCGCCGGCCGUGACCUGGGAGAAGCAGAGCCACCAGCGGGAGAACCUCAUCAUGCGGCCGGACCAGAUGUACGGCAACGUGGUGGUCACCAGCCUGGGGCAGCUGGUGCUGUACAACGCGCGGCCCGAGGACGCGGGGCUGUACACCUGCACCGCGCGCAACGCCGCCGGCCUGCUGCGGGCCGACUUCCCGCUCUCCGUGGUCCAGCGGGAGGCGGCCAGCGACGGGGGCCCCGGCGCCCAGGCCCCGGCCGAGUGCCUGCCCGCCGCGCAGGCCUGCGCCGGCCCCGCCCCCGCCUCCCCGCGCCGCGGCCUCUGGCACUUCGACCCCCAGCGCGGCAGCUGCAUGACGUUCCCGGCCCCGCGCUGCGCCGGCACCGCCCCCGGCUUCGAGACCUACGAGGCGUGCCAGCAGGCCUGCGCCCGCGGGCCGGGGGACGCCUGCGUGCUGCCCGCCGUGCAGGGCCCGUGCCAGGGCCGGGAGCCGCGCUGGGCCUACAGCCCCCUGCUGCAGCUCUGCCACCCCUUCCUGUACGGCGGCUGCGAGGGCAACGGCAACAACUUCGAGAGCCGGGCGAGCUGCGAGGACGCCUGCCCCGUGCCGCGGGCCCCGGCCUGCCGCGCCUGCCGCCCGCGGGCCAAGCUGGUGCCCAGCCUGUGCCGCAGCGACUUCGCCAUCGUGGGCCGGCUCACCGAGGUGCUGGAGGAGCCGGAGGCGGGCGGCGGCCUGGCCCGCGUGGCCCUGGAGGACGUGCUCAAGGACGACAAGAUGGGCCUCAAGCUCCUGGGCACCAGGUACCUGGAGGUGACGCUCAGAGGCAUGGACUGGGCCUGCCCCUGCCCCAACGUGACGGCCGGCGACGGGCCGCUCGUCAUCAUGGGCGAGGUGCGGGAGGGCGUGGCCGUGCUGGACGCCGGCGGCUACAUCCGCGCGGCCAGCGAGCGGCGCGUCCGCAAGAUCUGGGAGCUGCUGGAGAAGGGGGCGUGCGCGCUGCUCGGCCGCUUCCAGGACUAAGCCCCACCCAAUAAAGGCGCUGGCCACACCA